AUGGCAACUCGAAGAUAUGCGAUUGGAAGGUUGGAUGAGGCUAACCACCCAGAUUCCAUGAGAGCUACCUUAGCUGAAUUCCUCUCCACUUGCAUCUUUGUCUUUGUUGGAGAAGGCUCUGCACUUGCUCUCCGCAAGAUUUACAAGGAUCCAGGUGCAUCAGCUGGUGAUUUAGUAGUGCUUGCACUAGCUCAUGCUUUUGCUCUAUUUGCUGCUAUUUCUGGUAGCAUGCAUGUUUCUGGUGGACAUGUCAACCCUGCCGUCACUUUUGGUGCUCUCCUUGGUGGCAGGAUCUCUGUCCUUGGAGCCCUUUAUUAUUGGGUUGCUCAACUUCUGGGUUCUAUAGUGGCUGCCCUCUUGUUGAGGCUUGUGACUAACAACAUGAGACCAGAGGCGUUCAAUGUGUCGGUGGGUCUUGGAGCGUUUCAUGGCCUUAUUCUUGAGAUUGUCUUGACGUUUGGUCUAAUGUACACAGUGUAUGCUACUGCUAUUGAUCCUAAAAGGGGUAACAUAGGUACAAUUGCACCCUUAGCCAUUGCACUUGUCGUUGGGGCAAACAUCCUGGUGGGUGGGCCCUUUGAUGGAGCAUGCAUGAACCCUGCUCGGGCUUUUGGGCCUGCCUUGGUGGGCUGGAGAUGGAACUACCAUUGGAUCUACUGGGUGGGUCCAUUGCUUGGGGCAGCCUUGGCAGCACUCUUAUACGAAUACAUUAUGGUCCCAAUUGAGCCUCCUCAUCAUCACCAACCUUUGGCUGCUGGGGAUUACUAG